UUUUUUCUGCCAUUUAAAAGCUCCGCUGUGAGGGCAAUGUGAGCCCAUCGCUUUGCGGACCGACAUACGAGGUAGUGAGUUAAAUAAUGUAGAAUUUUUUGUGCAAAGCAGAGGACAGUCGAAGAGGGAAGGUGCUACAUGUUUUUUAGAUGGGAAAUCUGUUGGGCAGCUGGCGUUUCAAGGAGCCGAGCACCGUUGAGGAAUGCGACUCGACGUGGGGGUCGGACUCCGAGAGCGACGAGCCGGCGGCGGAGGAUGACAGCGGCGUCUCCGACUCCAUCAGCCCGGCGGAGAGCGAGCGGGCCGCCGGAGACUCGUCUCCGCAGCUGACUGGAUCCCCGGAGUCUGUUCCAAAGAUGAAGAGGAGUUUCUACGCUGCCAGGGAUCUCUACAAAUACCGUCAUAGCUACCCGAACUACAGAAAGUCUCGGCAACCCAACGAGUACCGUAACCUGCGCUUCUACCUGAACAAGAUCCCUCUAGUCCCUGAUGGUAUCUACAUCGAGGAGAUUCUGACAAAGUGGAGAGGCGACUAUGACAAACUGGAGCACAAUCACACCUACAUUCAGUGGCUGUUCCCAUUGAGAGAACAAGGGCUCAACUUCUACGCACAUGAGCUGACUCAGGACGAGAUCAAAGAAUUCCAAAGCACUCGGGAAGCCAAGCGCAGAUUCCUGGCAGCUUACUCCAUCAUGUUGGACUUCUAUGGGAUCAAACUGCUGGAUAAGAGCGGGAGUGUUGCUCGGGCACCCAACUGGCAGGAACGCUUCCAGCACCUUAAUGAGUCCCAGCACAAUUACCUGCGGGUCACGCGCAUCCUGAAGUCCCUCGGCGAGCUCGGCUACGAGGCGUUCAAGGCCCCGCUGGUCCGUCUGUUCCUGCAGGAGUCGCUGUACCACAACACCCUUCCCAACAUGCAACACAGCGUCCUGGAGUACUUUGUCUACACCAUCCGCCUUCCGGCCACCCGCAGACGCCUGCUCCGCUACGCUCGCCAGCAUUACAGGCCCGCCCACGCCUUCCUCUGGGGCCCACCGCCUAAAAGGAGAGGUGGGGGUGGCGGCGGAGGGAGCGUGGGUGCUGGAAGUAGUGGGAUCAGAGCGCCUGCGCCAACGCCAGAGCCGCAGAGGAGGGGGGAGGAGAGCAGCCCGUCUGCAGGUAGAGGGAUUAUUGUGUCUUCCCAUGAUGCCAUGAUGUGCCAGGAGCUGAUUGGAGCAGGGCUGAAGGGUUCUACAGGACUGGGCUCCAGUAUGAGCGGACUGGAUGGAGCGUUGAUGAUGGCGGGGGCUAGAGGAGAGAUAAAUGACUACAGUGAGACUUUUCCUUUGUAGAGACCGGGGGGGUUCGAUUGUUAUCAAGUAAACAAACAGCUGUAUUUUUAAUUAACUGGUUUAGAUGUAGAGAAACAAUCUUUGUUUAUGCCGGAGCUUUCUGAAGCUUUCUGGAUUAUCAUGUAGGUACUAAAACACAUUUAUAAGUGUCAUUAGAAACAAUCCAGGUUAAGGGCUUUUCAUAAAAUACUAUGAAGUAUUUCUUUUCUGGUCAGCAGUUUAGCUGUUUUAAAUAAGGGGUAACUAACUUGCCUUGGUCCACAUCUCAGAACCAUCUUUCCUGAUCAGGGCUAGAUAUGAUCGACUUAGAAAGACUGCCUUAUUUCAUGUUCUGGUCUGGGACGGUCUCUGAAUUGAAAAGAGUUACUGAUACUAAACAACGCUUCAGAACUCAAGCUGCCAGCUGAUUGGCUCAUCUGUCUGGUCUUGGUUUGAGAAACUCAGUCCUGCGUACUCAUGAAAUUGUGCAGCGGCAAGCUGAGCUCACUUCCUACCGGCGAUGUGAAGUUAAAACUACAAUGUGAAGAGAGGGAGCAGGACCAUUAUGUGGUGUUUUUUAUUUUUUUUUAGAACACAUUAAUAGUGUGCGGGCUAGUUUUAUCAUAGCAAUACUCUGGACUUUAAAUCCUCACUCUGUUGUUAAUAAUAAGAGGCACAAAUCCAUAUUUAUCUGCACUGCAAUUUACUUGUACAAAAGCUGAACGUAGCCGCUCCCACAUGAACUGUACAUAACAUAACAAGAGCAAAGAAGUGGACUAUUUUGUGACGAGAUAUCUGUAGGAAACAGUGAAGAUAUCACCAUAUUUAUACAGCGUCCAUUUUCCUUCAACGCCAAGCUCAAAAUGCUGGCAUCCAAAGGAUGAUGUCGUGUUUCUGUGUUCUUGGUUAUAAGUCUUCUAAACGUUGAGAAUCUAACAAAUCAGUAUCACCUCAAGCCUUCCUGGUAACACAAUAGAAAAGGGAAAUGAUGGACCGACCUUUGGCCGUGUUUCAGAGUUAACUUCAUAACUAUCAGUGUUGCGGUUAAUAUUAGAAAUGUUUAAUGAAAUGCUGAAAUAAAGCACAGCAGUACGACAUCAUCCUCUCCACACUGAGCGUGAUGUCUGAGGAAAAUGGAGUGUGUGUUAAUAUGGUGAAUAGAGCGGCUUUUAAGUGACAUCACUCCUCUGCUUAACUGACUGGCACAGUGGCGGUUCACUGGACUAAAUUAUUUCUGCUCAAGAUGGCUGAAUAUAACAGAUACCUGCUACUGUUGAAACAGCUAAAUACGCCUACUUACAUUUAAAAAAGACUCUAAACAGACCCUGCCUUGUGCCUCUCUGUGUGAGGCCAAACAGGCUGACAGAUGGAUAUCAGAACGUUGUCCAUGCAAAGAAAUGUUGCCCUUUUGAUUAGAUAUAAUGCAAAUGUUGAAUAAAGCAACAUAAGCUAACAGUAGUUAGCAUCAUACAAAACCCCCCCGCUGUGGUCUAAAGCUGCAACUUGUUAAAAAAAAAAAAGUCAAUUUCUAAUUACUUAGAACUAGCAAGAAAUUAUUUGAAAAUAUUCCAUGUUGCUGACAUUUUGAUGGCUUCUGCCUUCACUCCAUCUUUGUAGUCUCCCUUAAACUAAAUCGCUACAGGUGAUUUGACAUUUUGGUUGCAGUGAUGUCACCGCUGGAAUUAGUUUUUACCUUUAAAAAACAUCUUCUCCACUCAUGAUGUUUAAAUGAAAAGGUUUAUCUUCUCAGACAGCUGCCACUCAGAGUUGUGUGUCACCUAAAAGCCUCUCGCACUCAUCUUACAGAGGAGAUGGGACGUGAACUUUAACUGAAGUUAAUGUGAAUGAACGUGACGUGUAGUGUGUUGCACUUUUUUGACAAUCUGUGUCUUCCUGUCGAAAGCGCUGUAGGUUAGUGAAGGUUGUUUGUUUGGGGUAAAAACAUCAACAUAUAAUCUAAAAAUGAUCAGAAACAGAUGGAUUGUUUUCCUCAAGCCUACCUUUGCGAUUAGCUGUUUCCAACCAGGCUAGUUUGUGGUGAUGUAGUGGGUCCAUUUGUAAUCACUCUAUAGAAAUGUGUUAAUUUUAAUGCCAAAAAUACCCCUCUAAUUAUUUCCAUAUUACUCUACUUUAAUGGGUCACAUAAUUAGCAUGUAUGACGCUCCUCUGAAAGUGGAGCUUCUAUGUGAUUUAGCGUCAGCAGCUUCUCUAGUAAAUCAAGCCUUUUACUGACGAUCACCUCUGAUAUGUGAUGUUGAUAAGACAUCAAAUCAUCUCUCGCGUCAUGCCAGAGGCUCACAGCAUCACCUUACCUGUGUGUAGUUUUUUUUUUAUAAAAGACCAAUAUUAUCCUGAAACGUCAGGAAGAGAGCAUUUAUGGUCCUCUAGAGCCAAUGUUGACUUGGCAGAUGUUUAAAACAGGCAAUUCAAUUCUGGUAUUUUUAAACCUGGGACCUUUUUUAUUUUAUCUUUACAUGUUUUGGGGUCUUAAAUCCUACAGGUACAAUCAAAAUUCAACACUGGAUCAGCUGAUUGAUGCAACCAUCAGCACUCUGUAGAAAAUAAGCA